GACUUCCUUUUCUGUGGAAUUCUGCGGAGUCCGUUCCACGGAGGUCACUGCAAUUUUCUUACACGUGUGCGAUCAUUGUUAUUACUAUACUAUACUAUACACAUCCUGUCUGAAUCUUUAUCCUUCCCUCGCCUCGUUGUUUCUUUGCAUAACAACUUCAAGCUCAAUACGCGCAAAAUUGUGUCAGUCAGACAAACAAUGGAGAAACGAAUAAACAGUUUUAUACUCGUCUUGACGCUAGUGUCAAGAAAUCUGAUAUCGUGCACAGAUGUUUCUUCACAGAUUGCAUUUGAGAAUGGGAAAAGUAUAGAAGAUUUAAAUGAAAUUAAUCGUCAAGAAAUUGAUUCGCGAUUUUUUAAAUCGUUCGAAGAAUUUUCUAAACCAAAUGGUAUGAAGAGAAGAAGUCAAAUUUAUGAUUCUUCGAGACAGCCUACAGUUAUUAAUAAUAUUCAAAUUACUAUGAAUGAUAAUGAAACACAGUCGGAUGUAGACAAGUGUAAAAACGGAAUUUGUAAUGUCUCUGUGUCGUCUGAACGAGAUGAUGAAGGUAACAUCAUAACUGAUGUGCAUCUUAAAUUUAUAACAAAAUUAAUUAAUUCGAAAACGGAUGAUAUUCCAAUUGUGGAUGGAGUUCGUGGUGUAGAAAAAAUUGUUAAUCUUCAUCACUCACGACCAAUAGAGUUGCAUAACAUUCCACAGAUUCAGACUCGCUAUGAAGGCGGUGAACCUUGGUACCAAGGUGGAAGAACUUUCGAAUUAAUACCUCCGAUUAAGCCUGUCGUUGAUGAUAAAAUCGAACCACCACUUAGCAAAACUUAAUAGAAUAGCUAUUAAGGUAAAAGGUGUUCGAUAUUUUCCUUUUACAGAUUUUUAUGUAUUGUGCUUAAUAAAAUACAAAUUCUGUCACUGUAUAAGAAUAUUUUAUUUCACCGACUUUCUUACAAAAGGGAAUUUAAAUCAGCGCGCGUACUUAUACGUAUAUAGAUUA